ACGGCAGCGCGCUUGAACCUUCGCAGGCGGCGUGCAGCAGGUCAGAGGGAGGAUGUGGCAGAGCCGGAGGACCACAGACCCCGCUCUCCGACAGCUGCGUACACGUCUCCGCGCGACACCUCUCCUCACCCCACUGCCCCGGAGCCUUCGCUCUCCCUAAGAAACAGCCGAAACCGGCGGAUACCCCAGCCCUCUCUCCCAGGGACGUUUCCCCGCUGUGACUCUGCUCCUCCUUGGUUACGACAAAAAAGGUCACGGAAACCAUCGCGAAUAUCUUGGAUGCUUUUGGACACAAACGCUGCUUCACAACCAGUGGGUUUCUUUCUCAACCUGGUGGCUCUAUUUUCGUUUUUUUCCCCCCCUCGGUCGAGAAUGUGGCAGAUUGUGACGACGAUUUCCUGUCUCAGAAAGAAGGGCGCUUUCGGGUUUCGGGCUGAAUCCUCGGAGGGACGCUGGCUCUGAGGGCCUGAUGCUGGGACGGGCACUCUGUUCUCGUAUGUGGGGGCCAUGACACUGGGAUGCUGGAACUGCCCUGCUGGAUGACUUUGUGUGAAGCCGUUACCUGAUUCCCAUUACCAGUACCAGUACUAUUAUCACACCUCUACUUGAAUGGAUCCUCCUCACACGGAAGCACUGUUUUAAUUUGUGCUUUAGACCUACCUGGCCUGCUGGGCUUAUAGACAUCAUCUUGGGUUUAUUUCACAAACGCUUCGUUAAAUUACCUUCUCCUUUUUGGACCCAGGCGACACCACAUUGACCCAUUCUCUAAACAGAAUCACCGCUUCUGUUUUUACCUGUUUGUGGCGGAGGUCCACACUCUGGGAUAUUGGUGUCAGCCGGGGGAUUUCCGGGCAUCUGGGACUGCUGGCAGGGUCAUGGCAUCUCUCCUGAUGAAGUUGUUCCGUCUGGGGGGGGAGAAGAAGAAAAUCAGGCAUUAUGAGAACGUUCGGAGAGACGUCAACCCACAGGAUGGCUGGGAGACGGUGGGCGAACUGGGAGAUGGUGCCUUCGGGAAGGUCUACAAGGCACGCAGCCGGUCGUCGGGGCUCUCCGCCGCGGCGAAGGUGAUUGACGUCCGCAGCGAGGACGAGCUGGAGGACUACAUCGUGGAGAUCGACAUCCUGGCCGCCUGCCGCCACGGCAACAUCAUCGGGCUGCUCGACGCGCUCUUCUUCGAGGGACAGCUCUGGAUCCUGAUUGAAUUCUGUCCUGGGGGGGCUCUGGACGCCAUCAUGUUGGAGCUGGAGAGAGGCCUGACGGAGCCGCAGAUUAGAGAGGUGUGCUGGCAGACCCUGCAGGCGCUGGACUAUCUGCACCAGAACAAGGUCAUCCACAGGGACCUCAAGGCUGGAAACAUCCUGCUGACACUGGAGGGUGAAGUCAAGCUGGCUGACUUUGGUGUGUCUGCGAAAAACAACAGCACUCUGCAGAAACGAGCUACCUUCAUCGGCACCCCCUACUGGAUGGCCCCGGAAGUGAUCCAGUGCGAGACCUCCAAGGAUGCCCCCUACAGCUACAAGGCAGACAUCUGGUCACUGGGGAUCACGCUGAUCGAGGCGGCCGAGAUGGAGCCCCCCUACCACGACCUGAACCCCAUGAGGGUCCUGCUGAAGAUCACCAAGUCCGAGCCGCCCUCGCUGUCUCACCCCCGCCGCUGGUCAGGUGGUUUCAAGGACUUCCUGGGCAAGGCCCUGCAGAAGGACCCCGAGGCCCGCUGGAGCGCCGGGCAGCUCCUGGGGCACCCCUUCGCGGCGGAGGGGCGGGGCCACAGCGCGCUGCGGGAGCUGAUCGCCGAGGCCAAGGCCGAGGUCCACGAGGAGAUCGAGGACGGGGGCAGCGCCAGGCAGAGCCUGGCAGAGCAUCAGGCUGUCCCGGAGUUCUGGCGCUCCCUGUUGGUGCCCGGCCCACCGGGUGCUGAGGAGGAACGUCCAGCAAAGAUCCGGCGCGUCUCCGCGGCAACAGAAGCCGAGGCAGAGGGCUCGGGAAAGGGGAACACUUCUGCCGGGAAGGGGGAGGAAACGGAGGGAUCGAACAUGGAAACGGAAAAGGCUUCCGAAGUUGCAGACGUCUCCGCGUCUAAAGAGGAUCCCAGUGCAGAGCAGCCCGUUCGCAGGAGAGCACCCCCUACAGGGGGGCAAUCGGGUCCGGAGGCGACCAUGAAAGACCUGAAGCGGGCCAGACGCAGGUCCGUCCCGGCUGCCUUUCUCUCCUUCUUUUCCAGCGGCCAGAGACGCUGCAAGUCCGUCUUCUGGGGCGAAGAGGCAACGGAGGCCCCCCACAUCCCGCCAGCGAGCGACACCGAGCCGGCGGCGGCACAGCCUCCUCCAGCGCCGCCAGCUGCUGCUGCUGCUGCUCCCCUCCUCCAGCAGGGGGAGCCGUGCGAGGCCGAGCCUGGACGCCAGGGCCCGACCGAGCCACCAGAAACAUCAACCCGAGAAGCCGAAGAUGGAAAACGUGCAGAAUCUGACAGCAUCCCAGAGGCAGGCGAAGAUGGGAGAGCAGAUGGGAAUCAUGACGUCGGUGACCCGAGCUCUAGUGCUUCAGCUACAGAGGAUGAAGGACCAGGGGCAGACGGACCCACUGGACUGCAAGAGGAGGUGUCCAGCGACAGGGACAACUCGCGGGAUCCGGAUGUCCAGGAUUCCAGGGGUCCUGGAGACCACGGGGGCUCUGAGGAGGUGCUAGAGACAGCAUCUCAGAUUCUCAGCCCUCGGGAAACAGAGCUCAGCGUUGUGAUGGGAGAAACUGAAACACAGGAUUCCACCAAGCCCGCGGAGACAGAGGUUGGAGACGUACCCGCAGAUUGCCAGGAGCAUCCUGGCAGUUCCACGCCGCCCGACUCUGGUGACGACAUCACCGUGACUGCCUCCGACCACCCGGACAGUCCUAGGGGAGAGCAGUGCCAAGGGCAUGUGGAUGAUCUAGUCAUCCAGGAAUCCCUUGAGGGUCAAGCUAAAGCUGCACCUAACAGCUUGGCACCUUCUGAGCGCAUCCAGCUCCCAGGCACGCCCAGCCUCAGUGAGCUCUCCUAUCUGGCCUUAGAAAGGACUCGGGCUUCUGCAGGGGGCAGGGAGAAGCCCCACCCUUCAGUAUUAGACUACCUUGACUUGGUAGGGAAACCGGUCCCGGCUCGGAGGGUGAACUUCGCGGCCCAGCUGGAGUCGCGGGAGGGGGACGGCGGGGGCGCAGACAAAGAGGCCGGCCCACCUGCCAUCAACGGGAGCGUGGGGUCAGCAGAGGGGCCAGGACUCUGCAAGGAUCAGGGCGCUCCGGAUGGGAUCCACGCCGAAGCAAACGGGGGCUCGUGCCACUCCACACUGGAUGACCACGCACCUGUCCCAGAGGGGAGAGAGACCGGACCCCCCAGCCAGGUGAUGUCAGCUGUCACAAAUGAGGGGGACCUGCCAACAACCAGGAAGACGGUGAAGAAGACUCGGAAGUUCACCGUGGACGGCCGGGAGAUGAGCGUCACCACCUCCAAGAUCGUGAGCGACAGUGACAGGAAGGAGCAGCAGAUGCGGUCCGUCAGGCGACAGGAGCUGCACGCGCUCAAAGUCCUGCAGAAGGAGGAGCAGAAGGAGCAGGCGCAGCUGGAGCAGCGACUGCAGCAGCAGAGGGAGCAGAUGUUCCGACACAUCGAGCAGGAGAUGACAGUGAGAGCAAUCAUAUUUAUAUCUCCCCCAGCAGCAGGGAUACGCAUCCCUGUUCUUAAAGAGCUGCAGGAGCUGCACGCGCUCAAAGUCCUGCAGAAGGAGGAGCAGAAGGAGCAGGCGCAGCUGGAGCAGCGACUGCAGCAGCAGAGGGAGCAGAUGUUCCGACACAUCGAGCAGGAGAUGACAGCCCCGGGGUCGAUCUGCCAGCUCUGCAGCGCCCGGCACAUCUCUGCCGAAACGCUGGCCUCACUGGGCGGCAGGCGACACCCCCCGGGCGUAGCUGCCCAGCAGUGUCGACCAGUCUGCCUCCUCUUUGCCCAUCUCUGCCCGUCAGCGCCGGUAACGCGGCUCGUUCUGCCUGUCUCUCAGGAGCAGCGAUUUCUGCAGCGGCAGCAGCAGGAGCUGAAUGAGUCUCUGCAGAAGGCUGUGCAGGAGCACAAGAGGAAGGUGGCAUCCAUGGAGUGGGAGACCACAGCCAAGACCCAGCAGCUGAAGAGAGCUCGGGAGUCAGUGAUCUGGGAGCUUGAACAGCGCCACCUGCAGGAGAAAUACCACCUGUUCAAGCAGCAGGUGAAGGAGCAGUUCUCCCUGCAGAGACAGCAGCUCAUCAAGAGGCACAGCAAGGAUAAGGAACGUGCCAUGCGUUUUCACCAGUCUCUGCUGGAGGAGCAGCGUUCCCUGUUUGCCCAGGAGCGUGCCAGGCUACCACGCACCCAGCGCCCCGAGGCCAAGAACCGACUGGCCCAGUUCAAACUUCGCCUCAAGAGCCAGGGGCUCAACAGCCAGGAGAUGAGACAGCGCCUCACACAGUUCCUCGCGGAGGAAGAGAGCCGCCAGAAGGAGGAGCGGCUGAGCCUGCAGCAGAGUCAGGAGAGACAGCUGAGGGAGCUGCAGGAGCAGUGCGACUCCAACAUCGCCGAGCUGCAGCACAUUCAGAACGAGAAGCUGCACGUGCUGGUGGAGUGGGAGAAGAAGAAGAUCCGGACUCUGGAGGAGGAGCACACCAUGGAGCUGCACGAGUGGAGAGAGAAGCUGGCCUGCAGGAAGGAGGUCCUGGAGGAGGAUCUCGCCCGGAGGCGCAAGGAGAAGGAGCGCGCCCGACGCCGAGGAAGUGAGCCGGAAUCUCGGAACGCUGGCCGCCUCGCCCGCUUCCUCCCCAGUCUCAGCUUCUCCGGAUAGCACUCCGGGACGUCUCUGCAGGUGCAAACGUGCACCGGGAUGAGCGACAGAAUUCCCAGCCCCGUCUCCACUCCCCGACAGCCAGGGACUGGAAACCCCAGCCUCCAACGUCCCGCUCCCCAGACGCAGAGCGAAUUUGCUUUUGAUAUUUCACAUUUUAAUAGAAUUUAAGAAAAUUGGCUGUGGCUUUUCAAACUAUGUUCAGGAAGUGGAAAGUUCAUGGACAUUUCCUAAGACUGAUCCCCAAAAAACAGUGUAAUUCCACUCUUUACAGAGGGAAUGAUCCAUGCCGGGGCAUUGGGCAGAUGUCAGCACUGUGGAAUGGGAAUUCCAGAUAGUCUGUGGCUGCAGUGGAGGAAGGAAUACCCAGGAUUCCCAGCCCACAGACUCGUUACCUUUGGCGGAGGUGUUCCUGGUUCCUGCAUGACUCCCCACAAUCCCCGUCUCCAGUCCUCUAUAACGGGUAACACUCUGGCUCUAGAGUCAGGGCUGAAAAUGUCACAUCUAAGUGACAUUACUCAAUGGAUUCCAUUCACAUAUUAGGACUGGGAUAUAAAUGUGAUAUGCAAGCUCUACAGCAUAUUAGACAUACUACGCACCAGCUGCCAAACAAUAUACUGGAUACCUACCAUAUAUAUCAACUGUACAAUAUGUCCACCUGGUAUAUUUAAUGUACUGUACUCUCCCUGUUUGUAAACUACACACCUCAUGUCUAUAUAUACAGUGCUGAGAAAAGGCUGUUAGCCACUUUGGUUGGUCCAUAUUGUGAUAUUUUAGGCCAUUGCUCCAGGUCAUACCACACAAUUUCAAAGAGGUUAAGGUCCAGACUUUGGCUUGGCCAAUACAAACAAUGACAUGUCUUCUUCUUCAGCCACCCUGCUAGUACGUUAUAGUCCCAACUCCAUGCUUGUCAGUUGGGAUGAGCUUCCACUGUUAGAAGGCAGUGUCUGGUUUUCAUUGGUCUCUCACUGUGGCCAAAAACUUCAGCCCUUAACUCAUCUGGCCAGAGGACAUUGUCAUUGACAUUGUCAUUGACAUUGACAUUGAGGAGUCUUCCUGAGGGUCCAGGUGCUCUCGAGGAAGCAGUGUCUUCUUGGCUGUUCUCCCAUGAAAAUCACUCCCAUUCCGGAUGGCUGAGGCAUGACGACUGACAUCGUCCAGAGCGAGAGGGGCCUGCAGACCUUAAUCAUUGCGUACUUCAUGCACCAUUGCACCUCUGAAAACACUGGACUGCUAAAUAUAAACAUUAUUGGUGACUUAUGAAAAGAAGGGUGUCAUGGCAGGAAAUUGUCAUUCCCAUAAGGAAACUGGGGCUCAGAAACGUUUUCUUGGCACUGUAGUCCAGAUUGCAAGCUCCAGCAAAUACAGUACAAUGUGCUGCAGCCUGGUGUGUAUAUAGUAUACUACAAAGGAACAAGUUAAAGGUUUAUUCCAUGCUGAAAGGAGAAGAAAGGAAACACAACGUUUUGGGUGU